AUGCCUCGCGAAAUUUCAGAUAUCAAGAACUUCAUCGAGAUUUGCAGACGCAAGGAUGCUUCAUCUGCACGGAUAAAGCGCAACAAGAACUCCUCCAUUGUCAAGUUCAAGGUCCGAUGCCAGCGCCACUUGUACACUCUUGUCUUGAAGGAUUCCGAGAAGGUUGAGAAGCUCAAGCAAUCGCUGCCACCAAGUCUUUCCAUCGCCGACACCCCAAAGAAGAACGCUAAGGGAAAGAGAGAGGCGUAA